UUUGCUCUAUACGGACCUUGAACUAAUUAGAGUAGAAAAGCAAGACGUUCUUUAUGGAAUUGGACCAGUUUGGUUAAAGAAAAGCAGCCCUGCGAAAGAGUAGGAGAGUAAAGGAGGAAGCUUUCAUUUCUGAUCUCUAAAGUGGAGAAAAUAAAUGUAUACCGCUGUCCAGGAGCUCGGAGGAAAGAAGCAUUAAUACGAAGAGGCUGGGGUCUCGGAAGAGCCAGGUAAAACAAACGGGACGAUCCCACAAGGCACACCUUACUAUGUUCACCAUGGAGAAAAGAAGUGUGGACAUUAAACAAGAGGAGUGUGAAUGGGAGUCUGUCACCUUUAAAGAGGAUUCUGAGCAGAAUUCUUACAAUGCUGAUGUGCAGAAACGUGAUGGUAUGAAGUGGGUUAAAGAAGAAAACAUCAAGUCAGACCCUCUCUCCCUAGAAGAAGAGGUAACAGGGCUGGGCCCCCGCACCCUGCAGGGUCAUUCUGUUCACGUGAAGUCGGAAUCAUUGGAGUGUGAUGUGAUGAGGGCAGAGAAAUCAUCGAGUUCGGGUCAUUCUGAAGAAGGUUUACAACAGAGUGGAGGCUUCUCCCUGUCUUCAUUUGCUCAGAUGUCAGCUUUUCUCCCAAGCAGAUCACAGCAGAAACAGUGUGAUGAAGAUACAAAGAAAGUGGCAGCUGGAAUAGUGGAUUUCACACCAUCCUCUUUGCGAUAUAGUUCUUUGCCUGUUGAGAACUUAACAUUGAUGGGCACCCUCAACACCCAACAGGAGUACAGCUCAAAUCCGGUAGAUAUGUAUGUCCUUCAAGAGUCCAAGAAAAAUUUUAAACCCAACUCUAGUUAUAACCAGAGGUGUUAUAAGAAAUUGAAGGCUUAUUGCUGCCCUGAAUGUGGCAAACGAUUCUGCCACAUUGGAAGUCUGGAGAAACACUCAAGAAUUCACAAUGAAGAGAUGAAUACUCCCCAGGAUAAGCCAUUUAGCUGUCCUGAAUGUGGCAAACAAUUCCUCACUAACAGUAAUCUUUUGAGACACACAAGAAUUCACACUGGAGAGAAACCAUAUUCCUGCUCUGACUGUGGCAGAAGAUUCUCACAAAUAACUCACCUCCAGACACAUGCAAGGAUUCACACUGGGGAGCAGCCAUAUGAGUGUUCUGACUGUGGGAAACGUUUUUCCAGCAGUAGCACACUUCAGACACACAGAAGGAUUCACACAGGGGAGAAGCCAUAUUUCUGUAUUCACUGUGGCAUACGAUUUUCUGACAGGAGCAGUCUUCACAAGCAUUCAAGAGUUCACUCUGGGGAAAAACCAUAUUGCUGUUCUGAAUGUGGAAGACGAUUUUUUGACAAUAGCAGUCUUCAGAGACACACAAGAAUUCACACUGGAGAAAAGCCAUAUUGCUGUUCUGAAUGUGGUAAACGAUUUUCACAAAGUAGUAGCCUUGUCGUGCACAAAAGAAUUCAUACUGGGGAGAAGCCAUAUUGCUGUUCUGAAUGUGGAAAGGAAUUCUCCAAUCGCACUGCUCUUGUGGUGCACACAAGAAUUCACACUGGGGAGAAGCCUCAUUGCUGUUCUGAAUGUGGCAAGCGAUUUUCACAAAUCAGCCAUCUUCAGCAACACACAAGAAUUCACACUGGUGAAAAACCCUACUCAUGUUCAGAAUGUGGCAAACGAUUCUCUGACAGGGGCAGUCUUCAGAAACACACAAGAAUUCACACUGGAGAGAAGCCGUACUGCUGUUCAGACUGUGGCAAACGGUUCUCCAUAAGCAGCAGCCUUCAGACCCACAGAAGAAUUCACACUGGAGAGAAACCGUAUUGCUGUUCUGAAUGUGGCAAACUAUUCUCACAAGUUGUCCAUCUUCAGAAACACAUGAGACAACACACUGUAAGUUCCAAAUGACUUUUCUGAAUUAGAAAUAGGGACAGAGAUAAUAAGGUUAAAAAAAUGCAGUCUGAAAUAAGACUAGUGUGGAAAAAGACAACUAAAACUGAGCAUAUUGUUCUUGGAUCCACACCAAAAGAAAACCUUGCAGGCUCAUCUAGAUAUCCUGUCAGUGGUGCUUGAAUAGAACUUGCCAUUAGUGGGGACUGUGCAAGAAGUACACAGAGAACUCACAACCAUUUGUAAAAAGAAAGCUAUUGUUUAUCCUUAUCACAAUGACAAUUUUGGAGUCUUUUUUUAAAUGGGAAAAAAACAUUAUGGUAAUGUAAUUAAAAUACCUAGUUUAUGUUUUGGCACAUAAUACUGUGUGUUAUGGCAAUAAAGCCUAAUGCAUAAGCCCAACAGAUGCAUGGAAUCUGAUUUGGUGAAACACCUACAGAUAUACAACUGGAGGACAACAGUAAUGGCUGAGCAGCUAGUCAUAACUGUAGAAUGUUGGGUUAGUGUGUAUAAUUUAUUUCUAUGUAUUUUGUUUACUAAACUGUUUUAUUUAUUUUGUUUACACUUUGUAUCAUAUUUAUA